AUGAGCACCUGGACCGUAUCGCGCCGUGCCAUUGCGCGGUUUCAGGCCACACUCGACGCAGAAGCGCUUGUUACUGUCCCGGCCUUCUCGGCUGCGGCGUCGGCGCAACAUGCUCUCGCCAAAUUGACUGGCCGGGCGCAGCCGGAGGCAAUAGCGACAUGCAUAGACAUCGCGCAGGCGGGCCCAGUCCGUGGAUUCAAUCAAUAG